UGUAUUUAUGCGACCGCGGUAAUUUCAUAUGUUCGCCAACUUUGGGGAGGGGCUUUUAGUCGCAACCCUAUAUGACCUCAAUGUGCAUUGGAUUACAGUGACUGCCGAAUUUAUGUGUUAAGACACUAUGUAUGUGCUCCGGUUUCAACACUGUCAACGUGUCAUCUGAAUGUCGAAAAUAUACUUUUGGAGCCGGACUAGAUAUUUCUACAGCCAUCCGUUCCCACCUCUCCAUAAUUAUGUCAGCCAAAACAGGCAUAUUAGUGAUUCCAUGGUGGAAAUGGAAUAAAGAAAAUAAAAAUGCAUUUUUACAUAGAGACAAUGAAUAUCACUGUCUACAGAAUAUAAUAAAUAAACCAAGUUUAAGUUAAAACUAGUGAAAUAACCAAAGCUUUUCCUGAAUAUCAAUCUUAUAUGAUGAGACCACAGCAUAUUGACAAUCACUCAGUAGCAUCGAUUAGACCAAAUUGCAGUGAAUCAUCAAUGCAUACAGACCAAAGUACUAUAUCAGUGAUUCCCUCCCACUUGAUAAAUUUGGGUCAUUCACCGCAAAUAAUGUUACAACAACAACAUCAACAACAGGUACAGCAACAACCACUAUAUUCUACUCCUAUUUUACAAAGCUCCUUAAAUAUAAUACAAACCGAACUGAUAAGAAGUGGUCUACAAAAUUCAAAUCUCAUCUCAUCAAAUCCAGCCUCACUGGGAUUUAGAAGACUGCUAGCUGAAAUGCGCGCAAAACAGUUUGAUGCAAUUCGCUUCGCUGCCUAUCGUACUGCAAGUAAACUUCGGUUUAUUCAACAGCGAACAUUAUUUAACAUAAUGGAUUUAUGGAAGGUGGUAGAAACCUUUCGAGAGUUCGGUUUACAUCAUUUGAAUGAUCCUCAAGCAAGUUUAGAUUACGCAGGUACAUUUCGUUUGUUAUCGCGUAUCUAUUCAUAUAUACCUACAAGUAAUUUAAAUGUAAAAAAUCCGACCGAUGACACACAAUCUGGUAACACAGUUGAUCGAUCUGUGCUUAUUAUGGCUGCUGAAAUUUUACUUGGCUGGCUUGGUUACGCCUUCGAUUUAUGCGCUACUGGACGUCUCAGUGUAACUGGGCUGAAAAUUGCCUUAUCAACGUUAACGAAUGCAAGGCCAGCUGAAAAAUUCCGAUAUCAUUUUACUCUCCUUUCGGAUCCGUCUGGUGCUCUUAUUUUUUCGAAAUUUGAAGCUUAUCUACAGGAUUUAUUGAAGCUUCCAAUAAGCGUUUUUGAGGGCACGAAUUUUUUCUACACUCCACGAGCUGCACAAAUAAUGUUCACUGGACGUUCAAAAAACAUAGUCCUUGAAGAAUUUUUGGAUCGUAUGCUGUCUGAUCAAGCACCUCAAGUAUUAGUAUGGCUUACUAUUUUCCAUCGGUUGGCAAGCGUUGCAAAUGUUCGACACAAUGUACGCUGUGAAGGUUGCAAACGUGAACAAAUCUGUGGACUGCGAUAUAAAUGCACUCGAUGCCCUCACUAUAACUUAUGUCAAGAUUGCUUUGGAUUGGUGUAACCACAGACCAGCAUACAAAUGCGCAUGACGUUAAGGAGUACAAUGCAGCAUCAGUAAGAAUUUCAGCUUGUUUUAACACUAGGAAUUAGUGAAUAGUGCACUAAGAAUCAAAAACGUGAUUCACUUAAUCACUAAUACUCUGAUGUUGUUGAAAUAAUAACUUUCAAUCGGAUAGAAUGAAGCCAAUUUUUAAUAAAUCUAUCCAUAUAUUCUAAUUUGUCAUUGUUAUGACUUCGUUCACAUGAAUAACCAAAAACGCUCAGUUCACCUACAAUAGGUACACAAUGUAUAUGUGUAUAUAGUGUUGUAAACCGUUCACCUUCUGUUUGAUAUAUGCUUGAAUAUUCAGAGGAGGUUUCAGUUGUUCGCAAACCAUAUAAAUUCUA